AGCCAAUCAGGCGUUUUUUCUGCAAGAGCCAACUGAGAGGGAGGGAAAACACAACUCGGAGUGGAUGACAUAACAUUGUCAUAAAUGUCCCAUAAAAAUGACAUGCAUACAUUUAAGUCAAGUAGAACCUGAGAUUUUUAAGAUUGCCACCAUGCAUUUUUUAAAAUAUCAUUAUUUUUGAGAUUUUGGGUCACCUUAGAACAAAAAAAAAACGGCAUCAAGGAUUUUUCAUUUUUUUUUUUUUUACAUUUCUCUAAAUGUCAACCAGGAUCAAAUGUGACCCUGACAUGCAUAGUAAGGGUUAAUAAGUAUUUUCUCGAUUUACUUGAGGGGGAUUGUCAAUGUGGGCGCGGCUUGAGUGCAGAAACCAACCAAUCCGAGGCCCGUUUCCUGCAACAGAGUUCCCCGUGUAACGUCACUGCCACGUCGGAGUGUCCGGGCUUUGCAGCUUUGCAGCGUGAACGCCGUUGAAAUCCACGUAUUUCCACACCGGUGUGUCCCCCCCACCCUGCGAGGAGGCCAUGCUGCUGCCGGUGCUGAGCUGGUUCUGGUCCGCCCUGCUCUCCGCCGUCUGCGGCGGAGCCUUGCCGGAGGCAGAUGUCAAGAUCGAAGUCCUGCACAAACCUUUCCUGUGUCAUCGCAAGUCCAAGUAUGGCGACAUGCUGCUGGUGCACCAUCAAGCCUACUUCGAGAAUGGGACCAUGUUUCAUGACAGCCGCGGGGAUCCCGCUGACGGUGACAGACUGGCAAUGUGGUUCACUUUGGGCAUCAGGGAGGUGAUAAAAGGCUGGGAUAAAGGCCUGCAGAACAUGUGCGCUGGAGAGAAAAGGAAGUUGAUGAUACCUCCAGCUUUGGCCUUUGGGAAAGAAGGGACAGUUAAAAUUCCUCCCGAAAGCACUUUGACAUUCAUCAUCGAGCUCCUUGAGAUCAGAAACGGCCCAAGGUCGCACGAGUCCUUCCAGGAAAUGGACCUCAAUGACGACUGGAAGCUUUCCAGGUCUGAGGUCAAACAAUACUUCAAGAAGGAGUUUGAGCAUCACGGCUACCCUCCCAACGACACCUUGCAUGAGAACAUGGUCGAAGACAUAUUCGCCAAGGAAGAUACAAAUAAAGACGGCUUCAUAUCCUCCAGGGAGUUCACUUACAAACACGAUGAACUUUGAAGAUCGU